UAAUUUUUAUAGUCUUCGCUGUAGACACAGAGAUAUAUAUAGGCCUAUAUUUAUAUACUGAUAUAAAUAGAUGACAGUAUGAACAGACAAGUAACGGAAUAAUUAUCUAGCCCUAUGAGAAAAUGGCACCCUCAGCAACGACGAUAAACUCCUCCGCCCCUCGCCUCUCCUCCAACGACUCCGCUGUCCUCCAAGCCCUCUUUGACGCUGAGGCAUCCCCCCGCAAUGCCUCGGCCGGCAUCCACGUCGACCCUUCUCUCCCCCAGCAACUACCUGGCAUAUCCCCAACCGAGCUCUCAGCACUGCAAGCGCUCGAACGCGCGGCGAUAAUCCCCUUACAAGCAGACACAGAGGCGGAGCAGAUACGAGACGCCGUGGCGAAGCUGACGGCCAUCAUUGAGACGAAUAAGGGCUAUGCGUCAGCGUAUGUGAACAGGGCGCAGGCGGCGAGGAUGUUGGCGGAAAGGAAGAAUAGGGAUAGGAAUCAAAAUCCUCAGGGUAAUGGUAGGAGGGUGAAUGAUGGAUCUAGAGAUAACGAAGCGGCGGACCCCUACCAGGAGGCGGAGGACGACGACGACCAGGAGUUGGCAAAUAUGAUCUUCUCCGACCUCUCAACGGCAAUCACACUCCUCACCCCAUCUCCCGUCUCCAACUCGUCCUCCGCAUCUUCCUCCGCACCAUCACAACAAUCACAGCACCAACCAACCAGCCUCUCCCCGCUGCACGCCCGCAUCAUCGCGAACGCCCACACCCACCGCGCCUACAUCCUCUACCGCGCUUCACGAGCCCUCUCCACAUCCACCACAUCUCCACCCAACACCGCAACCGCACCACUGACUCUCCCGCGCCACCUGCAGCACAAAUCCGCGCAGCAACUCGAAGAGAUGGCCAGCAUGGAUUUCCAGCUGGGCGGGCGCUAUGGGAACGACAUCGCGCGCCAGCUGGCGAUCAAGACCAAUCCGUACGCGAAGAUGUGUGGGGCGAUCGUUAAGGAGGCGAUGAGGAAGGAGAUGAUCGGUGCAGUUGGGGAGGGUCAAUGGGACGGGGACGGCGACGGCGGCAGGGAUGGGGGUGUUGGGGGGUUUGUGGUGUAG